GCAGAUAACUGAGUCUGAGAUAGGAACACUGACUUAGUAUAUCAAGGCAAAAUGGAAUUUACAAUUGGUUUUAAAUGCCACGAUUUCGUUUUAAUCGCUGCAGAUACAGCUGCUGCUCGAAGCAUUGUAAUGUUUAAGCAAGAUGAGGACAAGAUGAUUUCUCUCGGGAAAAGCACAAUCAUGUCAGUGACCGGAGAUUCUGGUGACUCCAAUCAGUUUUCGGAAUACAUUCAAAAAAAUUUACAACUUUAUAAAAUGAGAAAUGGUUAUGAAAUGUCAACAAAGGGAAUGGCAAAUUUCACAAGAAAAACUUUGGCAGAAGCAUUGCGUAAAAAUCCAUACAAUGUCAACCUUCUCAUGGCUGGCUGUGAUGAUUCAAGCGACUGCAGUUUAUAUUUUAUGGACUAUUUAGCAUCCAGUGUUGAAGUACCAUUUGCAGCACAUGGCUAUGGUUCAUAUUUUGUUCUUUCAUUACUGGAUAGAUGGCACAAACCUGAUUUAACCAGAGAUGAAGCCGUUAUCUUGUUAAGAAAAUGCAUGGAAGAGUUGAAAAAACGUUUUAUCGUCAAUUUGCCGGCUGUUCUCAUUCGAAUUGUGGAUAAAGAUGGUAUUCAUACACUACCACUGUUGAAAGAACAAGACUACAAUGCAUAAACUACAUUAAACUCUGCUACUUGGUUUAAAUUUGUAUCAGUGAUCUGAGACCAAUAUUGGAACAAUAUUCGCUGUUGAAUUGCUCAUAUAAGUGCAUUGUUACAAAUAUAGAAUUGUAAUAAAGUUCCUUUUUGAAUG